GCAGCAGAGCAGCACACACCCUCUUUUUUAAGUCCAGAUAGUGUCAGCUGUGCACAAACUACCUGGUGAGGUGUGUACAGCGGCACCCGCUCGGUCUAACAUGGCCAACGAUCUGAAAAUGCUCCUGGAGUCUUCACUGAAUGAGAUCUUUAAAGCGACAGUGAGCGACAUCCUGGACUCAGUGGACAGGACCCUGUCCGAGUAUCAGGGCCAAAUACAGAGGAUCGAGUCUGAAAAUGAGGGCCUGAAGCGGCUGCUGUUUGCAGAGAAGAAGUCUUCUGCUAAAGAUACACGCGAACAAGAUGCCACUGAAAACUGUGAACCCUCAGAAUGGAACAAUCUUCCCCUCGGCUCCUCCCAGAGCAUGUUCAGCAUGUCGAUAUGCAGCAGUGACAGGAAGAGCUCCAGGAGGAAGCACAAAGACAAGAUGAGGGAGCGCAUAUCCUCCACCUCCUUCGUGCUGCAGACUAAUCAUAUAGCAGAGCAACCAUGUGUGAACACAUCAGAGGUAGGUGUGUCCACCCAAAACUUGAUAUCCAUAAAAACAGAGCCUGACCUGGAUGACAACAGUGCUAUAGACCUCUCCCAGCCUUCACCCGUUCUCAAUCUGACAAUGAAGCAGAUAAAAACUGAGAGCACGGAGGUCACAUACGAUAGUUGUGAUGCAUAUGCGCACCUGCCGCCAUCUUCAGGCCCCGGACAGGACUCCAGAGACAGUGACAGUGCUGUUAAAGUCACCAUUGUUUCUGACAGCUACAUAGUGAAGGAUGAGUGUGGACAGUUUAUUAAGACAGAGGAAGAGGAGCAGAAUGGCGUGUUACAGUAUGGUGACAAUGACAAAUCAGAGAGCCUUGCAUUGACAUAUUACAGUGAAUCAGAAAUUGAUCCUGAGGGAACUAGCCAACAUGUUGUGAAGCCAGACAUAAAGAAUAAUUCACCUGCUGUUCCUGCAGAUGAAUUUUUGGAUAUUUGUGACAACUUUUUGCGCUGUCCCUCCUGUCCUAAAACAUUUAGUCAAGCAAACUCGCUCAACAUCCACAUCAAGACUCACAGCAGUGAGAAGGCCCACUGCUGCAACUACUGUGGCAAGCGCUUUAGUCGGGCUGACCUCCUCAAAUCCCACAAACGUACCCACACAGGAGAAAGGCCCUACAGCUGCAAUAUUUGCACUAAAACAUACGCCCAUCCCAGUCAGCUCAGAAUACACAAACGCAUCCACACUGGAGAGAAGCCGUACUCCUGCUCCCAUUGUGCGAAGCGCUUCAACGAGCACAACCAGCUUAAGGUCCACUUGCGGACGCACACUGGAGAGAGGCCUUACAGCUGCCAGGAGUGCGGGAAAACUUUCAGUAAUGCAGGAAACUUGCGAAUACAUGAGAGGAUCCACACUGGGGAGAAGCCAUACUGCUGCGCUCAGUGUGGAAAGCGGUUCAAUGGCUUGGGUGACCUCAAAACACAUUACAGAAUUCACACUGGAGAGAGGCCCUACAGCUGCGAGCUGUGUAAGAAGACUUUUAGCCAGGCGGGCCACCUCACCAUACACAUGCGGAUGCACACAGGAGAAAGACCGUACAGCUGCAAAGAGUGUGGCAAGAAGUUCACGGUGGCCAGCAGCCUUAAACUGCACCAGAGGACUCACACAGGAGAGAAGGAGUACAGCUGCUCGUAUUGCAGCAAGAGCUUCAGCAGGUCAGGACACCUGAAGCGUCACGAGCUGGUCCACACCAAAGAGAAGGUCUUCCUCUGCAGCCUGUGCGGUAAGACCUACACUGACCAGUCGUCCCUCAAAAAGCACCUGAAGAUGCACGCAGCCAAGGAGCAGAAGGCUCAGAGCGAGGCUGAAACAAACCCAGUCAAACCUUCAGGUUCAGAGACACUUUCAACACUGCUAAAAAUUCCUUAGAGGUGGAUAAUAUAAAAGCUGCUGCAACAGAAGGAGUACCUACACAGAGAGUUAGAGCUCCUUUCAAUUUUAUUGGGUAGGUUUCCUGAAGAAGACCUGUAAUAGUUCAACAAGUUGCUAAUAAAGGGAGCUGUGAUUCUACUGUGCAGAUACUCCUUCUAUUGCAAUUUAAUUUUUGUAUCCAGAACCUAACCCUCUGAGGUUUUGUGAAUGUGCACACAACUACUUCAAUCUGUGAUAUAAAAGUUGUAUGUGAUUUAAAAAAAUAUAUGAAGUCAUCUUUAAUCAAGGUCCACUUAGUAGAUUUUUUGUGAGCCUUCAACCACAUUUUAUGGCCUACAUCAGCAGAUGGAGUCCCAACACUAGUCCCACCCUGCCCUAUUCGCACCCCACCCUGUAUAAACCCAGUUGUUAUUCAGUGGUUGGUUAGAUUUUUUAUUUUUUUAUUUUUUUUAUUUUUUAAAGGUAAGGGGCUGUGUUGGUGAGACAAUGAAAUACAAUCAAGGGAGUUAGCUUUGAGUAACAGAUCCCUGAUUUUUUUAAAGGCUUAUCAGACACUCGAACACUAGCUUAUAAUAUUAUGAAGAAAUAUUUUUACAACUCUAGAAAGUUAUGGCAGUAAUUUAAAACAGUAGAAACACAUUACAAAGCAAACUAACAGAAAUGUGUGCGUGGAUGUGUUUGAUGAGCCAAUGCGGCGCCUUACCGGAUGAAUCAGUGGCGUUGCACCUCUCCAAUUAGUGAAGGAGGGGAGAUUUUUCAUGCAGCUCUUGUCUGUCUGAAUGUGGCCUAAAAGAUUGUAUUCUGUGGUUGAAAAAAAGCUGUAAGAGGACCUUGAGAUAAGAUGAUUUGUGAAACUACUGUUCCCAUGGUCACAAAUGAACCUUCAUGCUCAAACCUCGAUGUGAUGUUUGUGGUACAGUGCAAUACACCGUUAUAUUUGUUGUGAUUUAAUAGGUCAACAUAUUUGCCAAUACUGUAUAAAUUAUUUAAAUUUUAUCGAUAAACUCUAAUAUUCUCCAUGUAGUCUUCCGUCUCACAACACAGGGUAAGACUUACAGACAAAACAUGGGACCAUAAAAGAACAAGUCGGUCUUUUACACUUGCUGCACAUUUCCAAAAUGUUGGUGAUAUGUUUUGCAAGAAAAUUAAUUUUCAUCUGAAGUGUUUCUGAGGAAGACACUAAAUCACAGAUCCAGGUUUCUGUUUUCCAGCUAGUCCUGACCUUUGACCUCCUCUGUAAAGAGGACAAAGUUGCCCCACACACGGUCAGUUAAAAACAAUAAUGUUGUUUUAGAACAAAAUAGCUUUUACACACAUUUACACACUUUGUAGUAGCCAGAGGUUUAGACAUGUGUGCUCCACCAUCCUCAGUGCAGAUUAUUAAUAUAAUGCUGUAUAUAUAGCUUUAACUAUACAGUCAGCAGUCGGAUCCAUUAAACUGACACACAUGUAUUAAUGUAAUAACUUUGCUGAAAAUUAUGUUAGUGGACAUAAUCUGUGCUAAUUGACCAGCUUUCAAAAGCAAAUCAAUGAUUGUUUUUGGAAGCCAUACUGAUCUCAAAGAAUGUCGAGCUUCUACCGUAAGAGAUAUGUUGUAGGUUGUUCACUGUGCUGAAAAGGAAAUGUGUUCUAAAAAUACUUUUGACACACCGGAGAAGAAACUCUUGUUUUGAUGAUGCGGCUACUGUUUGUUGUGGCAACUGGUUGAUAUACCUGCAUAGCGGUUAAACUGAGUGUUUACUACUAGGAGGUUAUUGUGACUUAGUUUUGUGCAAUUUGUGUCCAAAAUAAAGAGAACCGUUAACCAACA